AUGGAUCUACCAGACCCAGAUAUGACUGAUGGGCAGAGUGCUAGUCAGGCAACUCUUGUGAACAGUACUACCCCAGUAGUUGGUUCUGAUACAGUUUCUCAAUUUGCUACGUUAGUUGCUCAGAUGAUGAUCGAGACUCAGAAUAGAGCCUCUACUGUUCGAUCUGCGGAUAUAGAUAGACAUCUACAGAUGUUUUUGAGAUUGAAACCUCCGAGGUUUGAGGGCACAUUGAGCCCAGAACAACUGAGGAUUGAUGGUGAAGCUGAGCGCUGGUGGAUGGGCCGGCAGGAGGAAAAGUUCCAAGUUUGUACCUCCUUCUGCAAGACAGCAAAUACAGGAGACUUUUCUGCGAUUGGUUCAAGGGAGCAGGACAGUGAUGCAGUACGGGGCAGAGUUUACUACUUUAGCCCGAUAUGCUCCACAGUUGUGGAGAGAGCUCGACUGAUAGAGAAUGAUCUGAUGGCUACUCAGCAGCGGUGGACUACUAGUAGGAAGAGGUUCAGUGGUGAUGCUUAUGGCAGUGGGUUUUUUGGAAAGAAGAGAUUUGUAUCUGGAGACCCCAAGAAGAGUGGACAGUCUAUGUCCACUACAGUUUCUGGUAGUGGUAGUACUACUAGUUUUGGAUCAGUCAGUGGGGCACCUGCCGGAUCUGAUAGGCGAUCUGAGUCCAGAUCUGAUAGUUUUGCAAGAUCAGCAGGAAGGCUGAGAACAGUUCCUCCAUGUACUAUUUUUAAAGGAUCAUCUGGUAUAGUUGGUGGUUCAGGUUCUAUGGCGAAGAGACCACCUAGUGGUGAUCAGAGGGAGUCUGGUAGUUCUGUAGCUCCAGCUCCAGUUCAGCCAUGUGUGUAUAGUUUGAAUCAUCACUCGGUUAUUUUCGAACGUUAUUUUGAUGCUUUGCAUUUGGAUUCUGUGACGUUACUGGUUUCUCUUUCUGUUCUUUUACCGGCUGUGAAUAAUUUGAUUGCUCGGAAGUUUUCUUUUUGUGAGAUUGAUAUUUUUGGAAUGAAGUGGAAAUCGUGUUUGAUUUUAUUACCGAUUUCUUCGUAUGAUGUGAUCUUGGGUAUGGAUUGGCUGAGUCUGUAUGAGUCUGAGAUUGAUUGUUUGAAGAAACAAGGCUAUACGGUGUUUUUGACCUCAGCACGGGAUAUGAAUAUAGAUGUGGGUUUUAUUUCCGAUAUCCCAAUUGUACGAGAGUUUUCAGAUGUAUUUCCCGAGGAGUUGGUUGGUUUUCCUCCGGAUAGAGAUGUUGAGUUCUGUAUUGAUAUUUUUUCGGGUAUGGCUCCGAUAUCUAAGGCUCCGUAUAGGAUGGCACCGAAGAAACUUUCAAAGUUGAAAGCUCAACUUUAG